AUGGAUUCGCCAAGCCACCAUGCGGCGCAAGCCGCUGCCAACUCGAAUAUGGCCAAGAUUCGAAAGAGGAGACGAGGCGGAAGGACUUCCAAUGUAAGCUUCAGCCUCAACGCCAACGCCCACGACAAUGACAAUGACGAUAGGCUGCCCUCCACGCCCAUCGAUCGCACGACAGCCCGUUCGCAGCUUGGCACCGUCUCGCCGUUUACGUUUCGAUCUUCGCAAGCCUCGCCCCGGACAGAUCAUGUUUUCUCACCUGCAGUGAUCCUUUUCAGCGGUCCAGCGCAUCGUGGCUUUGAGCGACUUCACGAUGAUUCGUUCCCACGCGACCUGACACUUCUCAAGAGCAUGGCAAGAUCCAAGUUCAAAUUCGCACCUUCGGCUAGCAUCGAGAUGAGCUACGUCAAUCCUGACGGCGUCGUCUGCGAUCUGGACGACGAGCACGACCUCAGAGCCUUUGAGGCGCAUGCAAACCUCACCCCCAAGCUCGAGGUCCGUGUGAUUCCCUUGACACACACACAUGAACCUUUCGUAUCCCCGACACAGUCCGCCACACCGCCACCGCACCCGCUGACAAAUGGUGCAGCCACGCAAGCCCUUAUCCAUCCUUUGCAAAUUGCUACACCCAACCAAUCGGCAGCAUUAGCACGUUCUGACGCUCCGACUCCUACUCAUGCCAAACCCGAUUCGGUGAACGGAGCACCACGCGCCAGGUCGCGCCGUAAGAGCUCCAUCAAAGCGGCUCCUCCGCAACCAGCGCUCGCCUCUGAUGUCACCAUGAAUAAGACUCGGUGGGAGGAUCGCGAGGAUGCCGCAUCCAUCGUUGCGCGCCUUCUGCCGGAUCUGGCGUCGCCAAUGCCAUCCAAGUCGCCCGGACACCCGGCAGAGGCCGUUGCAAAUCGCGAGCCUGCUGGAAUGCCCGCAGCAUCGCACGCAUCUCCACCUGCUGUCAAGAAGCCAGUUGCCAAGCGCAAGCGCACUGACAACUCGCCGCCCGAGAAAUCGCUCGCCUCUCCGAAUCGACCGGUCGCCAAGAAGCCACGUGGCCGAGCAGCGAGCAUAUCGGUUGCACCUGCAGCAGCUUCAAAUGCACCUGCAGGCUUUGAGCCGGGCGUGGAUCAAUCGCAGAGCGUACGCGCUCCUGCAGCUUCGGUAUUCGAGGUCUCGGCUCCAGACACGCUUGCGCCGCCAGCUUUGCAACUUGAUCAGGAUACGCAAGGCCGUGCUGAAACGCCGAAACGCAGCCGUGCGAGCAAGAGCCUAGCCUCGACAUCUGUUGGAGCUACUCAGGAUGCAGCCGCUAGUCAGACUCAAGCCUCACCAGAAACGCCAAGACGCGGUCUUGCACAGAAGAGCGCUGUCUCAACCACGCGGAAAACCACUCAGGAUCCAGCGGCCGAUCAAGGAACAUCUGCAGCGGCCGAGGCUGACACACCAAUGGCACCUUCGCAGCAAACCGUCGCGUCCAUAGAUGCGGCGUCUGGUGACAACGUGGCAACACCAGCAGCCUCAGCAACAGAGUCCACUGACACUGCGGUGAGGCCGCCUGAGCUCAACGGGCAUGCUGCAUCCACGCUGCCAGAGCAGUCAGAGAGUACCGUUAUUGGGCCGACGAAAGCUGCAAAGUCGACCGUGACUAGCAAGCCACGAGGACGCCCAUCUAAAAAGGCAAGCGCAGAAGCAGAGACUGCCGCGCCAUCGCUCGAAGCGUCACAAGAUGGUGCAACCAGCGCCACGCCAGCAUCUGCUGAAGAGGCUCCAAAGGCCUUAGACGCUCGAGCUUCUCCAGCGAAGAAGGCUCGCGGGACAAAAGCUUGCAAGCCAACUACAGCUGCUGAUACCGAGACCAUUCCAGCUGCUCGCGUGCCGACAUCUUCUACCGAUGCUGCGCCUGUUGUCUCAGAAGUUGCACCAGUUGCACCUGCGCCACCGAAGAAGAAGCUUGGUCGGCCAUCCAAGGCUGCGCAACCGAUUGCGGAAGCUGCUGCCGAGAAUGCUAGUCUCUCGCAAGCCAUCGAUAUGCCUGCAUCCAGCGCACAAGCACACGGAUCCAUCGUUUCAGCGGACACAAGCGACGCCCCCAAAGCAGCGCCUUUACCGCCAAAGAAGAAGCUCGGCCGUCCAACUAAGGCUGCAAAGGCUGCCGAGGCACAGGCUAAGGCGGACGCCGCUGCGGCUGCUGCCGCUGCCUCCGGGACCAUCGGUGUGGCUCAGGCGGAGGCGACGAAUGAACUCGCAGUCGAACAGCAGGCUCAGGCACCACCACCAGGAUCCAUGACAAGUAGUGACUUGAACCACCCAGAUUCUUCGCAAUCUGACAAGGACGAGGCUGCCACUUGUGCCGCUGCCGACCAUGUCGCGGACGCGCCAAUGCCGAGCAGCUCUGCCAGCUCGGCAGGCUCGGCCGUGUCUGCUCUUCAGACGACUCAACCAGAGACAGUCUCAGCUUCGCAACCAGCCGUCUACAAACAACCGGCUUCCAAACCGCGUGCUUCAAACGCUGAAACCAAAUCUACCGCCGUGCCCGUGGCGGCUGACACGUGUAUCGCCUGUGGCGCUACUCCGGCGCACGAAAGUCAAGACUGCCCGAUCUGGCAAGGUGGCUCACAAACAAUCCUCGACCUCCUAGCUUUGAUCCGUAAUAGGAAACCCAAGAGUCAGAAGGACAAAGAGCUCUCCCGGGUCCUGACUGAUUGGCUCGCCAAACAGUUUGGGGCGCCCACCAUUGACUUUUCUCAGAGCCAAGAUAUCACGAAAAAUUCACAGCAAUCCAGUGUCGCUCCAAACACAGGUCAGGGUGCUUCUGGAGAUUUCAACGGUGUCGCCAACCAGAUCGACCCAACUCAACUGGCAGCGAACAAAGAGAAGGAGGCGGGGUCCGCGAUGGCUGCGAGCAAACACGCGCAGUCCAAGACCACUGCCAGCAAGAGAUCGUCGGCGGAAGCUGUCGUCUUGGCCCAUUUAACGCCGGAGCCUGAAUUGCCGCCACCCUCGGGAGUCGAAGCGUCGUCUAGCCACGCAGCGCCAGCGGUUGCAGCUUCGCGUGCCAAGCCGGCAAUCCGCGCGACACGGAGCAGUCAGAACGACAAGGCCGUAGCUGCGUCCGAUACCAAGUCGACCAAAACGAGCGCGACAAAGCGGGAUGCUGAGCCCAAGAUUGCGCUGACGCCGUCUUCGCCGGCUCAUCCGGACUCGUUCCAGUCUCCACCAGCGUCUGACAUCGGGCUUAGAGCGCCUUCAGAAACCUCUGAGGCUGAGCUUGCGACUAGUCCGAUGCUUUCGGCUGUGCCGCGUGCCAACGACGACAUGGAUGUCGACGAGAUGCUCUCGCACACUUGCUCACAGCACAGCACUGCAGCACAGCAACUGGAAGAGAGGAAGCGCAAGAUCAAGCUAGCAGAGCAAGCCACAAGCGCUGGCGCUGACGAGCGUACUUCGGGCUCAAACUCGAGGUCAAGAUCUGGAUCCAUUACAAGUUCAGACUCUUCGGGUGAUGGCCAUAGCAGCGGUGAUGACUCGGAUCGUCAGAGCGAUGCUGAGCCGAUGACGACCAAAUCAAGUCGACGCGAUUCUGCCAAGCAAGCCAAGUCCACCUUGAGCAAGCCAUCUACCACAUCAGCGGACAAGCAAGCGUCUUCGUCCGAUUCGGACACUUCAUCAACAGACUCAGAGACCGAGUCCGAGCCGGAUGUCUCGAAAAAGAGCGCUUCGCGCGCCAAGAAUGCGACUGGCAAGCUCAAGACGCCCAGCGCAACCAAAGCAUCGCAACGUCUGCCUACGCCGGACAAUCCCUUUCUACGUGGGCUGACGCCGAUCUCGUCGCGACCAAGCAAUGGGACGGGCAACAACAGUCAAAAGUCGACGCCAUUCACAAGACUGUCGGAGCUCAAGCCUGCAAUUCUGCGUCAGAACCUGUCGCAGCCAGGAUCGCCGUUGAGUACUGGUGGAUCGACACCGAAGAGCAUGUCCAGCCAGACACCGUUCUUCGCCAGUCAGCCAGCGCUCAACGGAAAUGGCAACGAUAGCGGCAGCGCCACAGACACGCCAGCAGUAUCGGCCGCUCAAACACCUGUAGCAGCGACUCGUUCAGUCGCUUCCGAUGACGACGAUGACGUGGAGAGUGAUUCUUCAUCAUCCUCUUCGUCCGAGGACGAAGCGCCGAGAAGCCGCGCCAAGGCGUCAAGGGCGAAGAUCGGUGUUGCUGCAUCGACGCCCGCCAAACGAGCCGGCAAACGUUUGGGCGCCGCUCCGGCGUCCAAGCCAGCGGCCGCCAAGAAGCGCAAAAACCUGUUUGACGUUUUUGGCUGA